AUGUCUCAAAGCCAGCUUUCCGACUUCACAUCGUCACUUUAUAGUGGAGAUAUUGAUGAUCUUCCAUCUCUCUCAACGCAACAAAUCACUCCAUCCGCAAGUCAUCAUACAAUUGAUUCUGGCUUCCACCGGCCAGAUGACCUCCUCGUUCCUCCUUCUUUGAUACGUGUUGGACCUGAUCGCCGGAAUAGGUUUGUUCUCUACGACAAGAUGUCACACAACGAGUUUAUCGACUGGUGGUUACAGACGGACUAUGGGCGGAAAAGAAAGAUCAACUGGGAUUCACAUCGCCACACGGUGAUCUGGAAUAGCUACAACCAGGUUGCUGAGGGUGUAGAUGGCACACCAAAGGUCAUGUGCAAACGCUGUGGAAAGAUUCUUGAGCAUCCUUAUUCCCUGAGUCUGAACAGUUCCGGCAAAGCGCAGUAUCACGGCACAUCAACAAUCCAGAAACAUCUGAAGACAGCUGGGUGCCUACGGUCGGAGAAGGGAAAGAAGGCAGAGAUUACAAAGUUUCUCCAAAAAGAGGGCGAAAUCUCAGCAGAUAUACCCUUUUUACAAGAGGACUGGGAAGACGAUAUCUUGCAAUUCCUGACUCUCAAUCGGCUACCAUUCCACCUCAUCGAGCAUCCAUCAUUUAAGCGGAUUAUCUACAAAGCGCGUUCUGCUCUUGUCGCUCCAGUGAUCCCCGAGCACGAGUGGCGCCAAAUUGACUAUCUUCUCUGUAUCACUGAGCCGUUCUUCGAUUAUACAACCCAGUUAUCAAAGACUCGAGACGUCACUGCCCACUAUGUGUUCAAGAUUUACAACCGACUUUUUGAUCAUCUUGAGCGAUCACAGACACAGCUACAACGGAAGCGUGUCCCAUGGAAGAAACAAAUGCUGGACGCACUGGACGCUGGACGGACCAAGCUUGAUGAGUACUACGCUCAAACCGAUACUAUUCGAGGGCAUAUCUAUGCCGUCAGUACGAUGCUUGCACCAGUGAAUAAAUUUAGAUUCUUUCUCUCUAGCGAUUGGGAUCAGAAGUGGCGAGAUAUCUAUCGCAACGCCUUUCAGCAAGCCCUCAUCCCAUACCAAGCGCAAGUAAAAAGUCAAAGCCAGGAUGCAUACAGCUCUCACACUGCAGCUCAACCAAGCUCAAGGCUGGAGGAGAUGCUUGAUGGAAAGGAUAUACAGCCACGAGCGAUGACUGAUGAAAUUAGUCAAUAUCUUGAUAGUGGUCAGUGA